GUUUGCCGCUUUUAUUCAAAUGGAAGCACGUACGUUGUGGCUGCAAGUCGUGUUUGUGAUGUUGGUUGCCUUGCUGGCUUCCAAAGAUCUUGAAGCUGUUAGUGCUUAUUUUGACGUAUUGGGGGCCCGCGAAAGGGCUGAAUCUGGAGAGAAAGCUCUGGAAUUGUAUAGAAGUCACGCUGAGAGCAGUGUUUGCUGGAGGGGUGCAGUUGCUCGGCUAGAUGUGGGAUGCCGUGAUCUUAGUGAUUUUUCUCAAAGUAAACUGGCUAUUGCAUUUGCCAAUUGCCACCUUGAGAAAUCAGAAAAGAAGACAUAUCCUUGCCCAGAGGAGGCGACUGUUGCGGACUGCACAAGGAACAUGGAUGUCAUUGCCUUUCAGGCGUAUACUGAGUUUUUCACGCAUACUGGACAUAUCUGUUUUUUUCUGCAGAGUCAGCUCUGGCAAGAAAGCACUGAAUUGGCUGUAUCUCGAUUGACAGAAAACUCAGAAUCUGUAUCACAAAAGCUACAAGAAUCACUGGGAUACCAUCGACAAUUGCUGGAAUAUGAAAAGUUGUCCUUGGAUAAUCAACAGGUUCUUAUGACUGCCGACAAGGAAUUAAAAGAGUCAUUACUAAAUUCCACUGAGAGAUUGCAAGGGGCUUUCAAGGACAUGAAUCAGACAUCUUAUGAGGUUUUUGGAGAUUUUUUUGUCAUGCUCAAGAAAAUAGCUGCUUUUCAGAGUCUUGCUCUUGGAGAAUUUAUGUCAAUCAAGACCAUUGUAUUUUACAUGUCAGGAGUAAUACUGGCAUACAUACUGACUGCUACUCCACAAACCAGUAAAGCUCGUUUUUGGAUAUACUUUGUCAUUUUUAUCUCUUUUGUUGCAGAGAGGGCUUUUCUUGGUGUGUUCAUAUCAAGGAAAAAUGCUAGUGCUAAUGAGCUGGAAACAAUGCAUUGGUUGAAUGGGUGGCUGAGGAGCUUUUGUGUACUUGCUUGUCUUUCUGUGAUGGUGUACAAGGUAUUAAUGUAUCGAGAUUAUGCAUAUGAGAAUAACUCUAUGUUGAAUUCCAUAAAAGCGGACAUUGAAAGGAUGAAAACAGCAAUUUUGAAAGUUCAAGAACCAGUUGUAACAAUGGCAUUACCUGACAGCUCAACUGCUAUGUCACCAGAUGCAUAUCCACGACUUUCUGCUACAGCAAACACAUGUUUGUCAGCUCAACAGUCAUCACAUGCUAACCAGCCAUUCCCAAUAUCGUUGGUGAACAGCAAUCUUAAUGACUCAAUUGACUCUGUGGAUGGUACAACAUCUUCUGAUGAAGAAGAUAGUUUACAGGACACAGAUGAUACGGAGGGAAGUGCUAGUGGAAGUUCAACAGUACAGCAUAUUAAUUCCACAAAAAGAAAUGAAACCAGUAGUGUGAUCACACCAAAGCCUUUGCGCAGCCAUUUGACUCAGUCAACUACAGGGUCAACUGGCCGAUACAACCUCCGAGUUCGUUGUUCUGAAACUGGGAGAGUUGUAGGAUCAGCGCCAGAGAAGAACUCUGAUGCUGAACUUCUUCAGCCGUUAACUUUGAAAGAUGUGAAAAGAAGGCUUUAUGAUGUUGCCAAUAAUGUGCAGAAUUGUUUUCAAGAAACAGUUGCAAAGCUAGCGCCGGCUGGAAGCCAAAUGAAUAUCCAUGAGGGGAGAAAAGGACGCAUAUCAAAAUCAUCAAAGAGUGGUGCUAUAAUGAGCUCAACAGUACACUUUAGCGAUGGAGAAUAUUAGUAUUGUGGCUAUUUUUGCAAUUGCAAUUAUGAUACACUUGGUAUUACAUGCAUGCAUAAUAGUCUUCAUGUAUUGACAGAUACAAUGAGGCACUGAAUAUUGAAUCCCACUCUUGUCACCAUGUG